AUGGCCGAUUUCCCACGCUCACUCGAGCGCCACCACGAGUACACAUACAGACUGCCUGCGCCUCCGCGAAUCGUCGUCCCGCCUCCUACUGCCACCUCGGAUAUGCCCUCGCUGAAUGUCGGCAUGCACGAUAUCACCGAAGCUGACCUCGACACGACUUUCUUGCAAGAGAUGAAUCUGAAUAGUAUCAUACAGAAGAACACGCUGCUGGAUUGGUCAUACGAGAUGAGGCGCAAGGCACAGAUGAUCAUCCCCUGGCUGUAUCUGGGCCCUUUCACUGCUGCGAAGGAUGUCAACUUCCUUGCUUCGGCGGGCAUCACCAUGGCGCUCGCUGUCCGGACCAACUCAAGCAGCAUGAAUGGCGCGAUGGAGACUACCCGGGUCGUCUGCCAGGAAGUCGCAUCGAUCGAAGCACCGAACUACUUCGCACUGAUCCCCAAUUUUUCGAAAGCGACCCGCAUGAUCAAUCAGCAUCUCGCAAAGGUGCGAUUAGCGGGUCUACAGAGCACCGGCGAGGAAGCGCUGGGCAGGGUUCUCGUGUUCUGCGAGUCGGGCAAUGAGAAGUCGGCUGCGGUCGUGGCCGCGUAUCUGAUGGAGACGAUGGGCGACUUCGACUUUGUGCAGGCCAUGCAGAUCUGCCAGGCACAGCGGUUCUGCGUUAAUUUCGACGAUACCAUCAAGACGGUCCUGCGUUCACACUGGGAUAUUCUUUCUGCGAAGCGUGCUGUUGCGAGAUCCAGCGCGGACUCUGGCUCAGGCCCAGGCACACCGGAUGCCGCGAGGUUGCAGGUUCUGGGAGGCAGAGCGAAACGGACUAUCCAGGAUUACACCCUGGACGAGGAUAUCGAGAUGGGGAAUGAUGUCGAUCCGACCGACGUGCUGCGCUUUGGUGGCCGAGACAACACGCCUUUCCGCGAUGCGCCUUUCCGCGAUGCUUGA